GUUGACAUGAGAACGGCGAACGAACGGAGAUGGGAGGCGGAAGACAGGCGGCGGGUAGGUGGGAGACGGGCAACCUGAGACUGUUACGUGUACUUCGAGUUGCGGCUACCUCGUACCUCGAGGACUGAGAGUUUAUACUCCACCUCGUCAUGUUCCAAGUCGGAAUUGUGUCUCACCGCGGUGAGCUUGACUAUCCGUUAUCCGAUGAAACAACUUUUUCGCUACCGCGAUUUGUUGAAUUUUUGCACCCUUAAAAAAAAACGCGACUCGUGAAAAUUAAAACUGCGCUCAGUAUAGUGUCAAAGGAUUACGGAAAGAUUGUGCGUAAUUAUUAUUUCUCUAAUUGUAAGAUCAUCGUUCGAAGCCAUCCUAAGUACGACUUCCACAAAUUGGUAAUAGUAAUUGCAUUAACAAUCGCAUUACCUACACGCGUUCGAUGGUACGUCUUCGAUUCGAAGGAAAAGUGUAUUUCAAUUUCGUCGAAUGUGAUUGAACAUUAAAUAGCAGAAAUGACCGCGACAGACGAAACCGAGCCACUUCUAUCAAAGAGAACUUUUAGCAGUUGCAACAAGCAGCAAGCGGCCUCGUACAAUGCGAUCUCGUUGGACGCAAGUGAAACUGCGACGUCUUCUAGAACGGGUUCAGAUUCGUGGUCCUUCAAAUUGAAACCCAUUUUACGGUCAUCGUACAAAGCGAUAACGCCUUUGAUAACAGCUACCACAGAGACUACGCGUACGUUUGAUACUGAGAUCGAGCAAAGAAUCACUUAUACUUGGAGCGACUUAAACAUCUAUGCGACUAAGAGGGAUGAAAAACCGUGGGAGGGUUUCUUCAAGAGGAAGAAAUCGGUAGAACGAAGACACCUACUAAAGGAUGUGUGCGGUGCGGCGUACCCGGGUGAACUAUUGGUAAUUAUGGGAUCGUCGGGCGCCGGUAAGACAACGCUGUUGAAUGCGCUAACGUUUCGCUCGGGUCGUGGGGUAACAGUUUCCGGUGUAAUGGCUGCAAACGGAAGAAGGGUAUCCUCCACGGUGCUAACGUCGAGAACCGCGUACGUACAACAAGACGAUCUCUUCGUCGGCACUUUGACUGUGAAGGAACACCUUUUGUUUCAAGCCAUGGUUCGUAUGGAUCGUGGAAUUCCCAUGGAACAGAGAAUCGAUCGCGUACACCGAGUGAUUAACGAGCUUGCAUUAAGUAAAUGCAAGAACACGGUGAUCGGUCAACCUGGCAGGAUUAAAGGCCUCUCCGGAGGUGAGAUGAAGAGGCUGUCGUUCGCUUCGGAAGUCCUCACGGAUCCGCCGUUGAUGUUCUGCGACGAACCGACAUCGGGUCUCGACUCGUUCAUGGCGCAUCAAGUAGUUACCGUGUUGAAAGCUCUGGCUGCGCGUGGCAAGACGAUCGUCGUUACGUUGCACCAACCCUCGUCGGAAUUGUUCGCACUGUUCGACAGGAUCCUAUUAAUGGCCGAGGGAAGAGUGGCCUUCAUGGGCACGACGUCGCAGGCUUGCAGCUUCUUCGAAACGCUCGGUGCCGCUUGUCCGAGUAACUACAAUCCGGCGGAUUACUUCGUCCAGAUGUUGGCGGUCGUGCCUGGACAAGAGAUGUCCUGUCGUCAUGCGAUAAACACCGUGUGCGACGCGUUUCAAAAGAGUGAACUAGGUAUUAAAAUAGCGUUGGAGGCGGAGGCGAUUAACAGCGAAUGCGAGGAUUCUCUAAAAGAUUCUAAAUCGUAUGGGAAAAGAUCGCCGUACAAGGCGUCUUGGUGCGAACAGUUUCGCGCGGUACUUUGGCGUUGCUGGUUGUCAGUCAUUAAGGAACCGAUUCUCAUUAAAGUUCGGCUGCUACAGACUAUUAUGGUAUCUCUACUGAUAGGAAUUGUUUAUUUCAACCAACAAUUAGACCAGGACGGAGUGAUGAACAUCAAUGGUGCUUUGUUCAUAUUUCUUACUAACAUGACUUUCCAGAACGUGUUUGCCGUAAUAAAUGUCUUUUGCACAGAGUUGCCUAUAUUCCUGCGGGAACACCAGAACGGUAUGUAUCGUACCGACGUGUACUUCCUAUGUAAAACGCUCGCGGAAGCACCGAUCUUCAUCGCUGUACCACUUCUCUUCACAAUCAUCUCUUAUCCCAUGAUCGGACUGUAUCCAGGAUUUGAUCACUUUUUCAUUACCACUGGUAUCGUUGCCCUCGUCGCAAACGUUUCAACGUCGUUCGGCUACUUAAUAUCCUGCAUCAGCAGCAAUUUGUUCAUGGCGUUAUCCAUCGGACCCCCGGUGAUAAUACCGUUUCUGUUAUUUGGCGGAUUCUUCUUAAACACGGCAUCCGUUCCAUUCUACUUCGAAUGGUUCUCCUAUCUGUCGUGGUUCCGUUAUGGCAACGAAGCCCUUCUUAUUAAUCAAUGGGCGGAUGUAGAAACCAUAGCGUGCACGAGGAGCAACGCGACUUGCCCGAAAACUGGCCGAAUGAUCUUGCAAACAUUCAAUUUUAGCGAAGAUCACUUUUGGACGGAUAUCAUCUGUCUCUUCUCUCUGAUCGUCGCGUUCCGUUUCUUGGCGUUUCUUGCCCUAUUGUCCAAGACUCGACGUAACGCAAAACAAAAAAUAGAAACUCGUGUAGAUACUAUGACCGCGAUGUACGUUCUGAAGGAAAAUCCGGGCCGCCACAUAGAAGACGAAGCGGUUCCUUCGAGGGGUGUCAUGCUAACGUGGAGAGACGUUUCGGUGUACGCGAUGGACCGCGGACGCAGAAACGUGAGCAAACAGUUAAUCGAAAACGUCAGGGGCGUGGCGAAACCCAAUGACUUAACGGCAAUAAUCGGUGCAAGCGGUGCUGGUAAAAGUUCACUGAUGACUGCGUUGGCUUUCCGCACUGGACCUGAACUUCUAGUUAAAGGUGACAUCCGAGCGAACGGGGUACUGAUCGAUUCGUCUUAUAUGAUGCAAAACAGCGGUUACAUGCAUCAGGAAGAUAUGUUUGUCACGACGAUGACGGUGACCGAGCAUCUUUGGUUCAUGGCUCGAAUGAAACUCGAUGGGAAGAUAGAGAAGUCAGAGAUAAGAAGAGAGAUCGAUAAUCUGUUAAAAGACGUUGGCUUGUCGGAUAGACGCGAUGUACGAAUUGGCAGCGGUACUGAUGAGAAAACCCUGUCUGGCGGUGAAAAGAAGAGACUGGCCUUCGCCACUGAAUUGUUAACGGAUCCGAAAAUAUUGUUCUUGGAUGAACCGACGACUGGACAGGAUUCGCAUUCGGCUAAUUGCCUGGUCUCCCAACUGAGGUGUUUCGCCAAGAGAGGAAGAACAGUCUUGUGUACCAUUCAUCAACCAAGUUCUGCCGUGUUCAGUUUCUUCGAUCGGAUAAUCUUGAUUGCGGAGGGUCGAGUUGUAUUCUCAGGUCGAAUCGAUCAAGCGGUUCAAUUUUUCGCGAGUCAAGGCUAUGCAUGUCCACGAAAUUACAAUCCUGCCGAUUUUCUGAUAGCAACCGUGGCCAAGAAAAAUGAAAAUGAAAGUGGACAGGUGGUACAGAAAAUGUGCAACGCCUUUUUAAUCAGCGAAGCUUCGGUGGAAAUCGAUCGCAUUAUCAAUGAGCAAACGUAUUCUUCGCUCGCAUCGAAAUCACUCGGAGAUGCUCAGUUUUUUGCCCCUUGCUGCUGGAAAAAAGGGGCACGAUGCUGUUCACGUCUCUACUGGUUGCUUUAUAGAAACUUCUUACAAGUAUUGAGAGAUCCAACGGUUCAGGUGCUGCAGAUACUUCAACAGAUGAGCGUCGCGACUAUCGCUGGUUUAUGUUUCGUGGGCUCCGUAAACUUUGAUCAACUAGGUAUCCAAGCCACGAAAGGCGUAAUUUUUAUUUUGGUAUCUGAAAACGCGUUUUUCCCAAUGUACGCCACAUUAGCUCUGAUACCGCAAGAGCUGCCGCUCAUUCGAAGAGAAUAUCGGGCUGGAAUGUACCCGAUUUCCCUUUAUUACAUUGCACGUAUACUUUCGUUGAUACCGGGUUUCGUGGUAGAACCGUUCUUAUUCGCGACGAUCGUAUACUGGUUAGCUGGAUUGAGAAAUGAUAUCGUUACGUUUGCAUUAACAUUACUUAUUCUUCUGCUUACUAUAAACGUCUCGGCAGCUUGCGGAUGUUUCUUUUCGGCCGCAUUUGGGAAUGUGCCCGUAGCGAUGGCAUAUCUGGUACCUUUCGAUUAUAUACUAAUGAUUACUAUGGGCCCUUUUGUGAAACUAGGAUCGCUGCCUUUAUACAUCCGAUGGGUGAAAUAUAUUUCUUGGUUGUUGCACUCUAACGAAGCGCUUACCAUCCUUCAAUGGGACGGGAUUCGCAAUAUAUCUUGCGAAACGACUGAGCCUGAAUUACCUUGUAUCACUGAGGGGGACGAAGUUUUGCGUCUCUACGACUUCGAUGAGUCAAACUUUUGGAUGGAUGCACUAUUGAUGUUGGCCACUUAUCUCGUCUUCCAUAUUCUUGCCUGUGUUUGCUUGUGGAAUCGUUGCAGAUGGAAAUGAACAUGUAUCAGCCAUUGAAAUACGAAUCAUCAUUAAAGUUCACUUUUAUAAUGCAUUAAA